ACCCCCGCGCGCGCACAGCCAUAUGCUUCUUUCCGACAGCGAAACACCCGCACGCCUCUCCACGCUUUAGGUAAACGAGGGCUGCAGCCUGCACUGCUUUCCCAGAUCUCUCCUCAAUCCAACAGUUUUUAAAUAAAUUCCUCCCAAACUCACUCCCAGUCCCCACUUUAAAAAUCUGACCUUUUUUGUUCCUUUGCCUAUCCCUACCCCCUCUUCCUACACAGAAUCCGAAAGAGGGGGAGAGAAUCUAGUGGAGAACCAUCUCGGAGAAUUUUUUGCUUUUUGUUUUCUUGCAUUAUACGACUACCCUGAUCCCAUUCUCAUAACUCAGUUGGUCGUUUCGAUCGGAACGCUGUUGUUGUCGAGGAGAUUGACUGGAUCCGACGUCGACUUCUCUGAUCGGAGACGGAGAGUCCGCACUCGCCCGCCGAUCUACAAUUCGAAAAGCAACGUUUGGGCGACUGAAGAAGAAGAAAAGGGGGAACGUAAGACAUAAAUGGCGCCGAGCACGAUCCGGAAGGCGAUUGGGGCCGUUAAGGACCAGACGAGUAUCGGGCUCGCGAAGGUGGCGAGCAACAUGGCCCCCGAGCUGGAGGUGGCGAUUGUGAAGGCUAUGAGCCACGAUGACGACCCCGCCGACGAGAAGUACAUCCGCUCCAUCCUCAACCUCACUUCCUACUCUCGCGGGUACGUCCACGCCUGCGUCUCCGCCGUGUCCAAGCGUCUGAGCAAGACGCGGGACUGGAUCGUGGCCCUCAAGGCGCUCAUGCUUGUCCACCGCUUGCUCAACGAGGGAGACCCCGUGUUUCAAGAGGAGAUCCUCUACGCCACGAAACGGGGCACCAGGCUCUUGAACAUGUCCGAUUUCAGGGACGAAGCGCAUUCCAGCUCCUGGGAUCACUCCGCUUUUGUGAGAACUUACGCCAUGUAUUUGGAUCAGCGCCUGGAGUUGAUGCUCUUCGACAGGAAGAGUGGUGGUAGAGUUGGAGGAGGCGGCGACGGCGGUAGCGUCGGUGGAAAUGAAAGAUUUGGGGGCGGCAGAGACAAUUUUAGGUCACCUUCGCCCUCGAGGCCAUACGAUUAUGAUUACGGAGGCGGCGAGAGUAGUACUCAUGGGUACGGGAAUUACGGGAUGACGAUGAGACGGUCCCGUUCCUUCGGAGACGUGAGCGAAGCACCAGAGAAGAGGGGUUCGAUGCCGGUGACUCCACUGAGGGAUAUGAAGCCCGAGAGGAUAUUCGGGAAGAUGGCCCAUUUGCAGAGGCUCUGUGACCGGUUCUUGUCGUGCCGGCCCACGAGUUUGGCCAAGAAUAGCCGAAUGAUUUUGAUAGCGUUGUAUCCGAUGGUGAAAGAGAGCUUCCAGUUGUACGCGGAUAUCUGCGAGGUUUUAGCAGUGCUGCUUGAUAAGUUCUUCGACAUGGAAUACCCAGAUUGUGUUAAGACCUUUGAUGCUUAUGCGGGUGCUGCCAAGCAGAUUGAUGAGCUUAUCGCGUUCUACAAUUGGUGUAAGGAUACCGGCGUGUCAAGGUCGUCCGAGUAUCCAGAUGUGCAGAGGAUUACGGCUAAGCUGCUGGAGACGUUGGAGGAGUUUGUGAGGGAUAGGGCCAAGAGACCAAAGAGUCCUGAGAGAAAACAGGAGGCCGUGGCUAAAGAGGAGGAGGCGGCCGUACAGAGUAUGAAUGAGAUAAAGGCGUUGCCUCCACCUGAGAAUUACACUCCUCCACUGCCGGAGCCAGAGCCAGAGCCUGUCAUGGAGCCUAAGCCUCAGCAACAAGUAACUGAAGAUUUGGUCGAUUUGAGGGAGGAUGUAGCCACUUCAGAUGAUCAGGGGAAUAGGUUCGCCUUGGCUUUGUUUGCUGGUCCACCCGCCAGUAAUGCAAAUGGAUCGUGGGAAGCGUUCCCAUCAAAUGGACAGCCGGAAGUGACAUCGGCUUGGCAGACUCCGGCUGCUGAAUCUGGCAAGGCUGAUUGGGAGUUGGCAUUGGUUGAGACGGCCAGCAAUUUAUCGAAGCAGAAAGCAGCAUUGGGUGGUGGACUUGAUCCGUUGCUCUUGAAUGGAAUGUAUGAUCAGGGAAUGGUGAGGCAGCAUGUGAGUACUGCCAAGUUGAGUGGAGGAAGUGCCAGCAGUGUGGCGUUACCAGGGCCAGGGAAUAGUGCCACACCUGUUUUGGCUCUCCCUGCACCGGAUGGGACGGUUCAAACAGUUAAUCAAGACCCAUUUGCUGCAUCCAUGAGUAUUCCGCCUCCAUCUUAUGUGCAAAUGGCUGAUAUGGAGAAGAAACAGCACUUUCUUGUACAGGAGCAGCAGGUAUGGCAGCAAUAUGCGAAGGAUGGAAUGCAAGGUCAAGCUAGUUUAGCGAAGAUCAGCGGCCCUGGAUACUAUGCUGCAGGUCCCAUGCCCAUGAUGCCUUAUGGCAUGCCGCCAGUCAAUGGAAUAGGAGCUCCUGCUCCAGCAGGGUAUUACUACACUCCUUACUGAAUUUGCCUUUCUCCCACAAAUCUGCGAUAACCUUUCUUUGUUCAUUUCCAUUAGCGUUUUGCUUCUUUUAUCCAACUUGUAUGAUCUUAUUCCUGCCAUCUGUUGCGUGAGAAUGGAGGGGAAGAAACAGGCUGGCUGAGUUGGAAUGAUACGUGAUAUUUGAUUCCUUGAAUGUGUUAACUAA